AGGCAUUUUUACUUCCAUGGAUAUUGCAGACAUUAGCCUCGGAUUCAGCCAUGGAUACAUGCCGUCGAAAAGACAGGUUUUACUGUAAAUUUUCCCGGGAGUGCAUAGUCAAGUACUUUGUAUGUGACGGAAAUGAAGACUGUCGCACCGGAGAAGAUGAGAUGUCUCCUGCUUGCACAAUGGAAGAAUGCCGUCAAAAAAAAUUGUUCUUUUGUGACGAUUCCCAAACAUGCAUCCGCAAGGAUUUUGUGUGUGACGGAAUCAAUAAUUGCCAUUAUGGUGAGGAUGAGGCUCCUUCUUCCUGCACCAUAGAUGUAUGCCAUAAAAAACAACGGUUCUUUUGUAAUAAUUCCAUGGAGUGCAUCGACCAGUACUUUGUAUGUGAUGGAUAUAAAGACUGUCGUGCCGGUGAAGAUGAGGUUCCUCCUGCUUGUAACAUUGAUAGAUGCAGUCAAAAACACUUGGUCUAUUGUAACGUUUCCCGGAUGUGCAUCCACGGGAAUUUCGUGUGUGACGGAAUCAAUCAUUGUCAUGCCGGUGAAGAUGAGGCUCCUCCUUUCUGCAACAUGGAUGAUUGCCGUAAAAAAGACUUGUUCUUUUGUAACGUUUCACGGAUGUGUAUCCGCAAGGAUCUUGUAUGUAACGGAAUCAAUAAUUGUCAGGCGGGUGAAGAUGAGGCUCCUCCUGCCUGCACAACCGAUCUCUGCAGGCAAAACGACGUGAUGUUCUGUAACGUUUCCCGCAAGUGCAUCCACAAGAGUUUUGUUUGUAACGGAUAUGAUAACUGUCCUUAUGGUGAAGACGAGGCUCCCCCUGCCUGCAAUUCUACCAUAUGUCUGGCAAACGGGCAAGUGUAUUGCAACACGUCCCUGAAGUGCAUCCAUUUCCGUGAUCUGUGUGAUGGAAUUGACAACUGCCACGAUGGUGAAGAUGAACACACUUUUGCCUGCGCUCUGAAGCAGCAGUGUGAGUCGAAUCGGUCCCUAAGCGAAGGCUGCCUUGGUCAAUGUCAACCUGGUUAUUUUGGCAAGUAUUGCGAGGAAACUUGUUUAAAAGAAUGUUUGAAUGGAGUAUGUAAUAGAGUAAGUGGAAUUUGUAAUGACUGCACACGAACGUAUUUAGAAAAUUGUUCAUUAGAAUGUGGCCAAGGAUGUCGCGAACGCGACGGUUUCCCGCAAUGUGACAGAAAAAGUGGCAAAUGCUUGAAUGGCUGUAAUCUUUAUCACUACGGACACUAUUGCAACGAAACAUGUCGACACUGCAAAAUGAAUUCCUCCAAUGUUUUAUGCGAUAUUAACGGUGUAUGUCAGUUUGGUUGCGAAAACGAUUUUUGGGGCAAGAAGUGCAACACUAAAUGCAGUGUCAACUGUCAAGGUGACGAACACGGAAACCGAUGUAAUUCAUCCAUCGGGGAAUGUGUGAACGGCUGUAUUCGCGGGUGGAGUGGAGGAUUCUGUGCGGACGAGAGCAGUUUGCAAACAACGACUACUGAAUCGACCGAUAAAGAGCACGUCACCACUUUAAAGACAGCUUUGAUUAUCAUAUCAGCCAUUUUCACUGGGGUUGUCAUUGUUAUCUUAAUACGCUGCUUUUUGGGGGCUCGAAAAAGGAUCAACCGUCAGCAGAAUGAACUCAUUGAGCCGCGCCGAGCACCAGAACAGCUACCGUCCAGUUCUUGGAGACGGCAAAGUUAUUCCCCCGUUCAUGCCGCCAUCAACGAAGAAUCCAUGGAACAUAUUCAUUACACCAGAGAGCAAAACUCAUCAGAUCAAUAUGAUGAAAUCGACGUUCUUAGAUGUGUCCCAAAUACCGGAAUUAUCCAUUCAAAAGAAUUUCCGAACGAUAGUAGUUCCCUUAGAAGCGUCGAGACAUCUGAAGGCAAAACUGAUCUUGACAGUUCUGAUGAAACUAAAUCCAGUAGGCUUGUCACACAAUCUAAUGAUGCUCUUUAUCAUGUCGGUAAGACAGACAAUGCGACCGGAGUUUACCACCGCAAUAGCAUCGUAAAAUCUGAUAAAAGCAUUGAACUUCUGUGCACGAAGGAUUAUUUGGACCGUGAAACCCUCUGUCAAACAACCAAGGGUGAAAACAGUGGAAUUCUAGCAGCUAAAUGUUGCGAAGCGGGGGAAGACAUAUUCGGUGAUGUAGGACAAUUUCGAGUAAAUUAUAUUCAUGCUAUCGCGAGGGAAGAAUGUGAACUGCUUGAUAAUGAAUUAGAACAUAAAACUAUAGAGUCUUCCCUAUUAACACGUCAAGAAGAAGAAGUCGGAGAAAACUCUAAUAUUACCAAACGUCCUGCUCAAUCGCAACACGAAGCAAAUACGGACAAUCAUGCACACACUAAAAGGCAAGAGCAAACGACAAAGUGAUGAAUAAAACAUGAUUCAUGAUUCAAGUUAAAGAUUAGUUUUUUACUAUUUAAUUUAUGUCUCACAAAAAAGAUAUAUGCCUAUAACACUAUAUUUAGUUCAUCCCGUAGGUCCUAUACAACCGAUGUCACGAGAUAGAGAUUUUCAUUAAAACGAUUAUGGUCAUGGUUAUGUCAUACAUAACAUUCAGGUCGCGGUCUUAAUAUAUUUUUGGUAUAAAACUAUACCUAUCUUUUAUAUUAUAAAGUUUUGUGGUGUUAUUCUAUGUUUCUUGUUUGGUAUUUUAUGUUCUAUGUCUUUGGCGUUUACCCAUUUCCACUAAACCUGGUCUAUGUUUAAACUUUUGGCUACUGAGCUUUUUUUCUGUAGCCUUUGCAUAAAUAUUGUUCCAAUGUUGCAUAUUCAAUUUAAGCUGCACUCUCACAAAUUGACAUCUGGAAACCAGUGAUAAGACUACUGACAUAAGCUGACAAAGGCUUAUACCACACUUUAUCAAUCACGUUCAUUUUGUUCAAUAGCUUAAAGCGUUUCUAACAUUUACGGAAGUUUAUGUAAAGUGCCGCAUUAAGAGUUCAUUUGAAAGGCGAAACAAGCAUAAUAUGUCUUUUUUAGCUAUUUUGUAUGUGGUUUGAUCGUGGUGUAAAUACGUGUGUAUGUUGUGUUUUUACGUUGUUGUCUAUAGAUCAGCGCCUCAGGGUUAACUUUUAUUUUUUGAAACUAAUGGGCUUACCCCUCUUGUCGUCAUUGUAUUAUUGUAUAAUGUGGCGAGUGAAUAUUUAAUUAGUUAUAUCAUAAUUAUUAUUGAUACGACGCGAUUUUUAAAUAUGGCGCACGUAAGUUGUCACAAGACCAGAAGCAAAUGUUAGCUUAACAAGCACUCCAAACCCGAGUGAAAUAUUUAUAACGAAAGGAAUGUUCCUUAAAUAUACGUAAAGAGGGUUGCAUACAUCUAUGUUUAUCAAAGAUCUCAUGGUGUAUGUGUUUCUUCCAUCCUGUUGUGCUUAAAAUCGUUUGUCGGUUUUGUAAAGAUGAUUAAAACACAGCUGUACAUGUCAAGGACAAUUAACUUUAAGAGGUCUUCGUAUUAACAUGGGUUCGAACACAUAAUUUUAUAUCUAGACAUUAACAUUUGGAGACAGUCAGAAAUAGAAUUAAAACUUGUGGACUUGUUUUGCAUUUUCAAUAAUAAAACAUAGCGUAACCUUUCCAUCCAACGUGGGUGUUUUGAAACAUAUCGCGUAAUAACAAAAAUAUAAGUUUCAAAAACGGUGCAAUGCGCUCCCUGACGAAAAAGCCCCGAAGUAUAUUUAAUUGCAUGCACUAACACGACGUUACUACUGCGUUGCUACUAUACCUCACCUUUGAGCACUACGAUACGUGUAUGUUUUCCAGUUGAUGGUAGGUUGCUUGCUUCUCGACAUGAUUGCUAAGCCAACGUCUCAUUUUGUGAGCAAAUCAUAGCUUAACCAAUGACAUAUUCGUGCAUGUUAUCACAUAUAAGGCUGGUUCUGUUGUAAAUAUAAACCCGUUCAGUAACAAAUAUUUGUUCGUUUGUGACUUUUGGAAACAACUUUGAACUGUUACGUUCAUUCGCUUUGAAGAACUGCUUAUGGGAAAGUCAUUAUAUACAAACAAAUUUCAUGCGUCCAAUAAAAGUGCCAUACAAAGCGUUAAUAGCAGAUAUAAAUGUAUGCUUAUUAAGAUUAUAUAUGUAUUGAUGAA